AUGCCCAACCCAGAGCACUCUUCUUCUUCCUCUUUUGCUUAUUCGGCAGUACGCUCUGCUUUCAAAUGCGUCGCCAACAUCUUUUUCAGAGAAGUCCAAAUCGUCGGCACAUCCCAAGUCCCAAAGGAGGAUCCAUGCAUUUUCAUUGUGGGACCCCAUGCGAACCAGUUUGUUGAUGCGGGAAUGGUUCUCAUUUCGAAUCCUCGAGAAAGUGUUCCUCUUAUGGCCCAGUCGUCCUUCAAGAAGAAGGUUAUUGGUGAUGCUGCUCGAAUGCUCAAGGCCAUUCCUGUUAUUCGACCGCAAGAUUUGGCGUCCAAGGGAAAAGGCACGCUACGUGCAGCACAAGGAGAAACACGCGUGAUCGGCACAGAUACCAAUUUUCGUGAACAAGUGGGAUCGCGUGAUCUUCUCGGCAUUAGCAAGACGUUCAAAGUGGAGGUGGAGCAAGUAGUAUCUGAUACCGAGCUUAUUCUCAAGAAGCCUCUUGAUCAGCCACUUGAAGAUGAUGCUUUCAAGGUUAUUCCGCAUGUGGAUCAGCAUGUGUUGUAUGACAAGGUCCAUGCAUGUUUGGCAGAGUCGGGAUGUAUCGAAAUUUUCCCUGAAGGCGGUAGCCAUGAUCAAUCACAAAUGCUCCCUCUCAAAGCUGGUUUUGCUAUUAUGGCAUUGGGUGCAAUGGCCGAGCAUUCUGACAUUAAUGUCAAAAUCGUACCAGUGGGUCUCAACUAUUUCCACCCGCAUCGCUUCCGAUCACGUGCUGUCAUUUCAUAUGGUGCUCCAAUCACUGUCGAACGCGAAUGGGUCGAAAAGUACAAGCAAGGAGGACCUGCCAAGCGUGAAGCGAUUGCUGCGUUAAUGGAUGCUGGCUAUGAAGGGUUGAAAGGAGUUACAUUGAAUGCUCCCAGUUACGAUACGCUGAUGAUCAUUGCAGCUGCCCGCCGAUUAUACCGACCCACAUCAUCCCAUAAGCUACGUCUUGAUCAGGUGGUGGAGCUUAAUCGCCGUUUCCUUCUUGGCUACAAGCAUUUUGAAAAUGAUCCUCGAUUGAUUGAACUUGCUCGCAAGGUACAAGCAUACAACAACAUGUUAAAGUACUUUGGUAUUCGGGAUCAUCAAGUGGAACGAACCGGUACAACGCGCAUGUCAGCUGCCAAAUUGCUGCUUUACAGAUUGGUCAAAUUGAUCUGCUUAUCCGCUUUGGGAUUCCCAUCAUUAUUGUUGAAUGCACCUGUGAUCCUUGUCACUGCUUUGAUUAGUCGUCGUAAACAGCGCGAUGCACUUGCUGGCUCUAAUGUCAAGAUUGCUGCACGUGAUGUUCUCGCCACUUGGAAGGUGUUGGUCGUUCUUGUCUUUGCUCCCAUCGUGUAUGGCUUUUACUCGUGGCUUUUGUUUGUGUACAUGUUUUAUUAUCGCUACCCCGAGAAUUCGUUGCUGCAAAUCACAUCAUGGUCAGCAUUGAGCUGGUUGGCACAACCACUUUUACAUCUUGUUGGUGUCAAGCUUAUGGAGACGGGCAUGGAUUUGUACAACUCACUUCAGCCGUUGGUCCUUGCGGUGUGUAACCCUGAUGCAGCAGCUCAAUUGCGUACAAUGCGUGAACGUCUAUCCGAUGAUAUUACCGCCUUUGUCAAUGAGAAUGGACCUUCAGCCUUGGAAGACUUUGAUGUGCAUAAAUAUGACAAUAAUGAGUCGCCGCGAACCGAAACUGGCUUAUUCGACAUGGCACCAUCGGUGUUGCAGGAAUGGCUCAAGCAUGAUCGUAGCCUUUUCAACUUCAAUGCCGGCAGCAGCACGAGUGUGUCAACGGGCAGCAAUUCCUCACAAUCGGAUGAAGAUAGCUCAUAA